GACAGAGUCACACACAGGCUGUCUAACUACGGCAGCACAGUACGGCGGAUCUGCUGUGGAGGGAAGUACAGCAAACAGUACAUGAUACGGAACCGCAUUCAUUUAUCUGCUGGAGAUCCUCCGCUUGAAGAAGAAGAAAAAGAAACAAGGCUCUGUGAGGACCGCAGCAGCCUCCCUGGGAAAUAUUUCCACGGGAUUAACGAGAAGAAGACAAUUUCUGCUCGGUUCAUCAGGGAAAGCCGCUGGAGAGACUCUCCUGAUGAUUGCUCAAUCAUCAGGAGAUAAAGAGGUGUUGUCCUGAUUGCUGUUGGCCCAGCACUGCUCCUCUGUAAGCAAGAUGUCGACCGCCUCUGAAAACAGGAUGGAAGGGCCUCGCACUACGAGCCGAGAGAAAACCUAUAAGAAGACCACGUCAUCGGCCUUGAAGGGAGCCAUUCAGCUCGGCAUCGGCUACACAGUGGGCAACCUCACCUCAAAGCCAGACAGAGACGUUCUUAUGCAGGACUUCUAUGUGGUGGAGAGCGUCUUCCUACCCAGUGAGGGAAGUAACUUGACUCCUGCUCAUCACUACCCAGAUUUCCGCUUCAAGACGUACGCUCCGCUGGCUUUCCGUUACUUCAGAGAUCUGUUUGGCAUCAAACCAGACGACUAUCUGUACUCACUCGUAAAUGAGCCUUUGAUUGAGCUGACCAACCCGGGCGCCAGCGGCUCGCUCUUCUACCUGACCAGCGAUGAUGAGUUCAUCAUUAAAACGGUUCAGCACAAAGAGGCCAAGUUUCUGCAGAGGCUGCUACCUGGAUACUACAUGAACCUGAACCAGAAUCCGCGCACCCUGCUGCCCAAGUUUUACGGCUUGUACUGCAUCCAGACGGGGGGCUUCAACAUCCGACUGGUGGUGAUGAACAACGUGCUUCCUCGCUCGGUCAAGAUGCACUACAAGUACGACCUGAAGGGAUCCACCUACAAGAGGCGAGCGUCCAGGAAAGAGAGGGAGAAAGCCCGUCCGACGUACAAGGAUCUGGACUUUCAGGACAUGCAUGAGGAGGGGCUUUACUUUGACACAGAGACAUACAACAACCUGAUGAAGACCCUGCAGAGGGACUGUCGGGUGCUGGAGAGCUUUAAGAUCAUGGACUACAGUCUGCUGCUGGGUGUGCACGUCCUGGACAACAGGGAGGUGGGAGAGCCAGGCCAGACGGGGGGAGACGGCAGGAGGAACGUAGGUCAGAGGGUGCUUUACUCCACGGCCUUGGAGUCCAUCCAAGGAGACGGCAAGGCGGCCGAAGUUGUCACCACUGACGACACGAUGGGCGGCAUCCCGGCAAAAACACACAAAGACGAAAAGCUGCUCAUCUUCCUGGGUAUCAUAGAUAUUCUGCAGUCAUACAGAUUCAUUAAAAAGUUGGAGCAUUCGUGGAAAGCCUUGGUGUAUGAUGGUGAUUCGGUUUCUGUCCACCGGCCCGGGUUUUACGCCAGCCGCUUCCUUAAGUUCAUGAGUGUACGGGUCUUCAGGAAGAAUCAGCCAAUUCGAUUUUCCCCCUCAAAGAGGACUCGCACCUCCAUCCCUGCUCUGAAGUCGUCCUCACAGGAGAUCCUUUCAUCGCAGGCGGAUGAGAGGCGCGAGGACGAGAGGAGGGACAGGCUGGGAGGGGCCCGCAGCCUGGCCAGUCUGGAUGGACAAGGUGUCUUUGGUUCAUUCCUGCGUCCUGAUCUGGUCCCUGCCAACCCAUCCUUCUACGAGGCGUACUCCAUGGGGACAAUCUCCACUUCCUCCAUCUAUGUCAAUGUGGAAAGCCAAACAGAGAGGGAUGAUGUUGCAUCCAGCUCUACAUUCACGCUGGAGGACAGCGCCAUCUGCCUCACUUCAGAGCAGAGCACCGUAGAUGUGGACAUCGACCGGGACGACGGAUCCGUUCUUGACGUGUACUUGUAAAAGCUUUACAUCCUUCAUUCCCUCCUGCCACACAAGACAAUCUCCACACGCCAUCGGAUGCUCCAGGCUGGAAGUCGGUCUCUACGCUGAGUUCUGCUCCAUCCACAACGCCAUUUGUUGUUUGCCAAUUCCAAAGGAAGACCCCUGAACGCCUCUCUGGUUGACGGAUCUCUGCACAGUUGGAACAGUCACAAUGUGCUGAACUUCAGAUAAUGUUGCUUUUCUGGAGCAUGCAUCAAAGCAGCACUUAGUUUAGUUUUUUUUUUGUUUUUUUUUUACAUGUAUUUGAUUUUCAUUGUGCUCACCAAGAUUUCAUAGUCUAUCUAGAUAUAUGAGAAUAUAUGCAUAAGGAAACGCUAGAUUAAUGUCAUACAUUUCUUUUCUGGUGGCCUGAAAGACUUUAAAUCUUUGCUGCAGCACGAGCUGCUGAUAAGAAAUGUUUACAGUGAAUUUAAGGAAGCAUCAAAACUGCUUCAUGAAGGACCGACUCACUUCAGCCGACUUGAUUACGAAGCUCCUGAGGCCAAACACAGACUGCGACGUGGCCAACUGUUCCCAGCAAGGUGACCAUUUGUGCUGCCUUAGAGAAACAUGAUGCUCGGAAUGAGAAAAGACCGUUUGUUGAUCUUGUACGAGACACUUGCGCUUGAAAAAAAGGCACUUUUGACACUGUUUAUGAUUACUUUAGGAAAUGUUUUCUUUUCUGAGGACAUUGCUUAGGUUGGUGGUUCACAGGGCAAUAAGCACAGAGUUGGCUCUGUGAAAAUGCACUUUUUUUUCUUCUUCUUUCCUCUACAAAUGCACGUGUUUUCUCAUUGAUACUACAUGUAGAAACGAAGGAACGAACACUGUGGAUCAUGUUUGAUGUGGAACUACUAGUUUUGUGAGGUUGGCCUCGUGACUGGAGAUGGUUCUGUUCAGGAAGUAGUACGUCCUCCUGAAGAAGUCGAGACAUACUUACCGCUGUCUGAUACCUCAUCGAGACUGCAGUCAACUAUAAAUGUUCAAACUCUACAAUCAAGACAGAUGAGAAUAAUUUAUUACACAACUCAUGAUAAUUCACCAUCUGCUGAAAUAAUAAUAAUAAAAAAAACACUUUAAAUCGCUGAAUGUAAAGAAAACGCAUAUUUAUGUACAGAAAAGCUUCCUAUAAAUAAACUUUAAAAUUCACUCAGUGGCCUUUAGGGGAAACUUUAAGUGUUGUAACGUGAUCAGUCUGUUUUUUUGCUUCGACUGGAGAAGAGUGUGUAGAGGUUUUUGUUAAGGCAUCAUCCUUUACUAAAGACUCAACCCUCACUCCAACCUUUGCCUCACCCUCACAUUACGGAAAGGAACGGCAGUAUUAUGGUUUGGGAAUGUUUGAUGGAAUCUGAGCUUAAUGCCCCUCUGUGUUUUUGAAGAAAAUAUUAACUCUGAAUUUAGCACAGAAUAUAAUUAGACAUUGCCUUUAAUGAUAGUAUGGUACCCCUUGUAAAUAUGUUAAAACCCUUAAAACAAGUAAAGGUUUUAUUGCAGCAGCAAAAGUUUACACUGAAAAUGUAUGAAAAAAAAUUAAUUUAUAAAAAAGAUUUUACCAAUGACAAAAGAAAAUCUGUUUAAAAAAUAUUGAGUAUAUUUUUCAGAUAUACCCAGUACAUAUCUGAAACAUAUUUAUUUUUCAGGUUUUAUGCUUUUUUGUAAUUAGGUAACAAGAACCCUUUUCGUAUCCAAGUUGAUUGAAAGAUUUAUUUUUUACAGAAACCAGACUUGUUUGUUGCCAUUAAAAUAGUUUUUAGUUCAUAAAAAGCAGGAAAAAAUUCACAAGUUAAAAAGAAAAUGUGAAUUUUAGUGGCCUGCAAGUACUUUUAAGUUGACUAUUUUGACCUGCCUGGCAAAAAAAGAUGCGACGUCUAAUAAGUUUAAUUUUGUCUGAUGGUUUUUUAUUUGGCUGUACUAUGAAAUACCAGAUGAAAAACUACAUUUAAAAUCUUUGAAAUGCCAAAAAUAUUUCAAAUAGUCCAGGAUACCAUGAACUUGUAACAUUCAUUUAGCUCUUCAGCAACAGUAAAAAGUACCACACCUAUGAUAUUUACAUUUAUGAUGUAGAAUAGAAAACGAUAAUAGUGUUUACAGAUAUGACAUUUCAUAAAGUGCAGGGGACUCCACAGCUGUGAAGCUACCAUUUAAUUUUUCCCACGCUGAACACAGGAACACAAAAUUUAAAGUUGGCUCAUUUAAAUAUUUCAGUAUUAAGCUACUGCAAUAAACGCCAAUUUCACAUGUUUUUCCACAUAUUUACCAAAGGGGUCAGACAGUAAGAAAAGUGGUUUGUCUCCAUAAACAGUACACUUUUAUUCAGCUCUUGUGUAAUAAUUUUACUUUACAGAACAUUGUCAAAUGCAAAUACACUUAGUGCAAAUAAUAACACUUCAGAUGUACAACUUAGAAAUAUACAAAGUCUGUAGAUUGCUGACAAAAUACAAUUAAAAACACUAACUGUAUUCUUCAGAUGAUAUAACAUGUUGAUCUAGCUUGUGUUAUCAGCAAAAACAAUAAUCCAGAACGGUUCCAAAUCUCUGAGCUCAAAGAUUAUUAAAUCUGCGGGCGAAUUUCCCAGCCGCACAGAUCAGCUGAUUGAAGAACUCCCAACGCUUGCUGGCGUUAAACACAAUCUAAAAGUCAUGAGGUACGAUGACGUGAAAUGUCGACCCAUCACUCCCUCACCCCCCACCUCCCAGUUUCAAUGCAGUGUUGAUAAAUGCACAUCUGGUGGCUGUAGAGAACUGUAGAACGUUUUAAGGGUCACCCUGGUGUCUAAGGCAUUCUGGGGGUGGUUCAUUUAUCAGUCAAAUAGCAGGAUGCCGCUGCACCGCAGUGUGGCGUGUGAAAUGUAAAUUCUCCACUACUGAUAGCUGAAGAUGUGAAUGAAAUACUUCCCAUCAGUUAAUAAUUUCACUUCUGUAGCACAAAGGCAUAUCUCGUUUUCAAACUUGACACGCGGAAAUGGCUUUCAGUGCCUAGCAAACAAUUUACAAAAAAACAAA